GUGGGGGUGGGGGUGGAAAUCAGCAGGCAAGAGACAGUUUGUGCGCAGCAGUGAGAAUCCGGCUCCCGUAGGCUGCGAGUAAGAGCUGGUAAUCGUCACCGCUCCGGCUGUUAAGAACAAGCGCCCGCGCUGCCUGACGCUAAGGGCAAAAUAUAAAGCACAAGGAAAAGGCGAGGGCAGCUUACUCAGCCAUGCCGAAGAGAAAGGUGAAUCCUGCUGAAGAAGAGCCGAAGAGGCGAUCCGCACGAUUAUCGGCUAAACCUGCCAUCACCAAAGUCGAGGCAAAACCAAAAAAAACCACUUCAAAGGUUAAGUCUGAGGAAAAGAGAGCUUCAACAAAAGGGAAAAAAGGACUGAAAGAGAAACAAACUGAAGAGAAUAACAAAGAAGAAAUAAAGGAUAACUUGCCUGCAGAAAAUGGAGAAACAAAAAGUGAGGAGGACCCAGUAUCUGAUACACCAGGGGAAAAAGAAGAAAAAUCUGAGUAACAGUUUUUGAUCAGUGGUUCUCUCACCGCUGCCUUGUACAAUCCAGAGGAAUAUUUUUAUCAACUAUUUUUAAAUGCAAGUUUUUUUUAGUGAUUUUAGCAAAUACAUUUUUAAAAUAGGAUCUCUUCUAUAUCUCUUUUAAUGUAAUUGAAUGUAUAUGCGUUGUUUUAAUGAAAUUAAAAAUCAUGUACUGGUUAUUGGUUUUCUGUACAACCAGUAAUUUAAUGGAAUGUUAGAUGAAGGAAUAUUUUCAAAUUUUUACUGCUUUACAGAGCUAUCUUUUGGAUGUCUAUUUAGAGGCACUAAGCAUACAUAGGAUUGUAGGCUUAACAUUCCAGAAGCCCAGGUGGGCAACUUACAGUAUAUCUUCUAUGUAGGACUUUAGUUUUAAUGAAUACAGGAUUACUUCUUUAAAUUUCUAGCUCUUAAUUGAAAACAAUGCUUAAUAUAUGCCAGUAGAAAAUAAGUUGCUUUUCUUCUGUAGACUUAAAGAUAGUUUGAUGAACUUUUAAGAGAAGCAUUGCCUCAAGUAGAUUAAAUGCGGGUGGGUGGGGGAAUUCUCAACUCUUAAUUUGAUUCCUUGAUGGUUGAUCUUGCUUUUAAGUUAGUCUAUGACAGAGUUAUUUUUUGUAGUACAGCUGUAGUUUAUUUUUUCAGGUUUUCUAAUACAUUGUGAAAGAUUGGAGAUCUGGAUAUGUAGUGUGUGUACUGUACAAAUUUUUGGUUUAACAAGAUACGGCUUGAGAUGGCAAUAUUUGAGACACUGGUACUUUUCUAAUUUGAAUGUUUUAUCUAAGAAAUUAUGAUAACAUGGGGUUUACAUUCAAUUAUUGGAAGAAAAAGCUCUAUACUUAAUGUCUGUGAUUCAUCUUAUGAUCUAAUAAAAUAUUGACAAUAAUUUUAGAAUUUCAACUUGACUCUAAAUCAGCUUUUAUAUAAUAGUCUACAAAAUUCAAUUAUGUCUUGUUUUAAUACAAUAAUAGGAAAGUGGUAAGAAUUAUUUUUUCCCCAAGCCUGUAAAUUGCUACCAUUAAAGUUUACUUCUGUUAAUGU